GACCUCACAAAGAGGCCUUGAAGGCAGCUUUUAUCAAACUUGAGCGGAGUAGGCGGAAACCGACAUGUCCAACAAUCAGAUGACAGCUUGGCAAGAGACGCAGUGAAAGCCGGAGUUCACCCUCAAGGAGCAAGCAUGCUUUUGCAAAAACUGAUGGUCUACCUUUCGGCAGCAUGCUUGUUUUGCUUUGCGGUAGCGCUUAAUUUCAUGCUCAGCAUCAUGCAUUUUAUUUCACCAAGCCUCACCAAGAAGCAAAUCCUCAGAAUGGGCGAAAAGACCACCAUGACCCAGAACCCAAAGUUCAGAUACGAGGAUUGGGGUCUGACAUUUACAUCUUUAAGCUUCAUCAAAACCGUCUCUCAGCACAUGUGGCUGUCUCUCGGGCAAGAGGCGUUUGUGGGCGGAGAGGCUCCCGACUCACCCGUGGUCACCAUGGAGGGAGAGAAAACAAGCAUCUUCAAGUUCUUUAAAGAUAAUAGACCGUUGGUGCUGAGUUUUGGAAGUUGCACCUGACCACCGUUUAUGUACAAACUUGAGGAGUUCAAGCAACUCAUCAAGGACUUCAGCGAUGUGGCUGACUUUCUUGUCAUCUACAUCGCCGAGGCGCAUUCAACAGAUGGUUGGGCCUUUACCAACAACUUUGACAUCAACCAGCACCGGAGUUUGGAGGAAAGGCUGUCCGCAGCACAGAUCGUCGUUCAAAAGGAACCACUGUGUCCAGUGGUUGUGGAUGAAAUGAAUGAUAUCACCGCAAUAAAGUAUGGCGCUCUGCCUGAGAGGCUUUAUGUGCUGCAGGCUGGGAAAGUUGUCUACAAGGGAGGGAUGGGGCCUUGGGGCUACAGUCCACUGGAGGUGCGUUCGUUCCUGGAGAAGAUGAAAUAAGAAGGUUGUUAACUCAAGUCAAGCUGUGUACUUGCCAUCCGACCAGUCUUAGGGGGUCUCUGUGUUCAGUGGGGGAUAGGGGCUGCCCACUUUGUAAUCAACAUAUAUUACUUAUAUAUCACAAUACUACAUACUUUCUCGCUUUUUGUAAUCAGGCACACUAUCAAUACACUACCACGUCUACAUGUAGUUCUAUAGCUGCUGUUCAGCAUCUCUUUCAUCAAGCAUAGCAUAGCAUGAAUAGAAAUAUUGUAACCCCUCCAAACAUGCAUUCAUGUUUCUUUCAGGCUCCCCUGUAAUUUAAAAAAAAAAAAAAGAAAAAAAAAAAAAAAGAAAGAAGAAGUGAUCUCAACUGACAACCUCUGAGCUUGAUCUCACCUCUCAGUGUUUCUUAGUGACGGCUGCAGAUUAAACCGUUGGACUCUGUAGCCAGAUAAAGUGAAAAACAGAGAGACGGACCAGUCCAGAGGUUGUGUUUGAGGUAUCACAAAAUGUACAAGGGAUGUUAAGUGUGUCCAUGUGUUAUUUAUAAAGUUUGAAAGACAGGUUCGGUAAUCAUUAAGUGUAAUCUCAGUAUCAUUAUACCACUAUAUACUGCAUGAAUAACUAAGGUUUUCCAUUGUCUAUGAAUGCUCCUAAGUGAUUUCACAGAAGGCUGCUUUUUUACAUGACGAUUACAGUGCAAACCUCUGGUAACUGUAAUUUGAUGACAUUAAACUUAAAAGUAGACCCUUCUCAGAAUUACGCAGGUGCAUUUAUGACUUAACAUAUUUGUAUAAGUGUAUUAACCAUCUUGUGAAACAAUAUGCAUUUUCCUUGAGUAUUCUUGUAAAAGAAUAAAUUUGUUUCAUGAAGGAA